GCCUACUGGCCGUCCUAUUAUAGGCUACUGUCUGUAGUUUGCUCAUUGAGACAACAUCCUAGUUAGGCUACAGACACGAAUCACGUAUUUCACUAGUUAGCUGGAUGCUCAGAUUAUUUUUUUGCAAACUGUCACAUGUUGUAAAUGAAUGUGUGGAUGUGAUAUAACGUGAUGAAUCGAUUACUAUUCGUCUACGAAUGAAUGCGAAAAAUGCGGAUUAGCAAAAAAGAAAACUUGCUGUAACAACAGGUUCAAAAGAUCAACUCCUUAUUCCUAGAAGAACUAUGACGGUGGGCGCGUAGGAGUGACAAUUCUGCGUUCUCAGCUUCAUGGGUGUUGUACAGAUGGUGGACAGCAGUUGGUGCCAGUGAGUUGACAGUAUGUAUAAAAAGGGACCAGCAGCUUUCCCACAGUUAACGGUUUUAUCCCUUUAAGUGUCCACGGGUUAUACCUUGCGCUCAUUUGCACGGAUCUGCGUUUUGUACACUUGUUCUUGAACCUGCUGUUUUGCCUAUCUUUACUGAAUUCCCAUACUACCUCGGAUCUGCCAUGGCAAAUGGAUGUGUCCAAGUUUUCGGUUGUAUUUUAGCGUCUUUGGGACUUGUCUGCCUGAUUAUAUCAACUUGUGUGAACGAAUGGAAAACUCACGGCUACACAGAUGGGGGGAUGCUGAAGUCGUUUAUGAUCAACACCGGACUCUGGAUGGAGUGUAAAGUGCCCAGCAAUGGCAAAUGGGAGUGCGAGGUUUUUGACUCGAUUCUCCAUUUACCAAAAGACGUCCAGGUGACCAGAGCCAUGAUGAUCAUUAGCAUCACUCUAUCAGUGUGUGGGUUGGUAGUGGCUAUGUUGGGCAUGAAAUGCACACUGUGCCUGGAUGAAGACGAACAGGUGAAAAACAAGGUGGCAUUCACUGGAGGGAUCCUUAUCACUUUGGCAGGGGUCUGUGCUUUGGGAGUAGUGUCUUGGUAUGCCCACGGUGUGGUAACAACCUUCAAUGACCCUCGCACACAGGCCUUCAGGUUCUCCCUGGGCAAGUGCCUGUUUUUGGGUUGGGGUGGAGCUCUCCUGUCCAUUAUUGGAGGGGCACCCCUAGUGUGCUGCAGCUUGUCACGGUCCUCUUCCGGCAGAAGGUACACAUCACAGCCUCCAGUCCAGAUGGACUCCGGCAAAGAGUACGUGUAGAAAUCCCACAAAAGAGCCCACGGGUGACGGGUCCCUCAGACUGUUAAGGAGCACCAUGAAGCCACACCACAACAGCUCAAUCAGGCUGGUUUUCUAUCACAUGUAUCAGAUUCAACCACAGAGAUUCUUCUUCAACAAUGUAAUGUUGAGGCUUAAGGAUUAGUCUAAAAUUAAGCGAUUUCGUUGCAUCGGUAAUAAUCUUUUUUCUUUUGUAAAUGGCUCCAACAUUUCAGCAAUCUAUUAAGGACUGCUCAUCAAUAAGUUGCAAUCCUUAUUAAAGAGUCCAUCUAAGGACCAGUUUGUAGAUUAGAAAUGUGUUUUUAUUUAUUUAAUUAAAUUAGGUUUUGUUACAAAUUAUGCUGUUUUCAGUUCAUUUAGGAAACAAGAAAUGAAAUGUAGAUGUAAUUUUCAUUACAUAUAUGUUAUCUAGAGCACUGCAAAUCAUAUAAGCAACUGAAAAGGUAAUUGUCUUAUACUUAAGUAUAGUUUCAAGUAAAUUAGGCUUAUUAAAUUCAGUAUUUACAAUAUUGAAUGAUUUAUAGGAAAAAUGAGUAAAUUAACAGUAAGUAAGUGAGAGUUAGUGUACCUUUUUUCCUCAAAAACACAUCACCUCUGCAUUUGCUUGUGUAUAUGGUAGUACUAUGCUUGUAACUUGUGGUGAUCUACACAAUACCACAAUUUUUAUAUUAGUUUUGUAUUUUCAUUCAUGGCAUGGCAUCAUGGACAUGUUUUUUAUUUGUGUCAUCUUUUGUGCGUCAUUUUAUGCCUUAUAUUACUUCAGUAAGAUAAAUAGUUGGUCAAAUCCUAAAAUAUGUUAUGUAUGUCAAAAUGUGUUACCAUUGCAGCUGUUUUAAGAAUAAAGUGUUGGUAAAAAAAUAUUACAGUUUAACCUUGUUUUUUGGAUCAGUAAAGUAAUAGAAUAGAAAGACAAUGGUCAGUUACAAAGGAUGAUAAACUCACAUAAUAAAUGUAAUCUU